AUGUCUGAAUCAACUCCCGCCAACCCGACGUCCGUCAAAGGCGAAGGCAUUUCCAGGUACAUGAAACGUAUGAAAACCGUCCUAAAAGGUGGCACUCGUUCGAACAGGAACUCUGUCUCUAGCAUUGCCGAUAUCACUGGUGAUUCGAGCAAGCCAAAACCUCCUGCUGCCUCUCCCAGGAGCGGUGCAAAGCCCUUAGCGACUAUUACCACCACCCUGACUCCUAGCAGCAGGCCAGAGCUGACCAGCAACCAAGAUAGAGUCAACAGGUGGAGCGCGAUGCAAGAGGAGAAGGCUCGGGCUCUGUUCGCCAAAUACGGCUUGACCCUCGAACCCGGCGAAUGGGUGACUCCACGAUCUGCCAAAGAAGGCGCUGAGCGAGUCGAAAAGCCAAUUCGCAUGCGAGUUCGCCGCAACUGCCACCGCUGCCUCACCACGUUUGGCGCUGACAAGAUCUGCGUCGGCUGCAGCCACAUCCGUUGCAAGAAAUGCUUCCGCUACCCGCCUGCCAAGUCGAAGGAGGAGUGCGAAGCAAGGGACAAGGCCCGCGAGGCCGAAAAGACCGAACAGGCCAGACAGGCUGAAACUCGCCAAAAGAAAUUUACGUUGACAAUUCCAUCUCGGACUGGUGGUCAAGAUCUCGUUCGCAAACCGAUUUUGCAGAGGGUCAGGAGGACCUGUCACAUGUGCUCCACCCUCUUUAUCGGAGGAGCAACCGAAUGUCAGAAAUGCAACCACAUACGAUGCAAGAAAUGUCCCCGCGAUCCGGCCAAACCCCACAAGUACCCAGAUGGCUACCCAGGUGACGCUGAGCCUCCAUAUGAGCCGCCGGAACGAGUUUGGCGAAAACCAAGACGCAGAAUAAGAUGGACUUGUCACUCGUGCUCGACAAUGUUCCCUUGCGGCGUGAAGAUUUGUCCGAAAUGUGAACAUGAGCGCUGUACGGACUGUACUCGCGACCCACCCAAGAAAAUCAAACCCGAGCCUGAUCCGGAGCUCUUGAGACGCGUGGAAGAGAAAUUGGCGGCGCUUAAUGUAUCCUAG